GAAGAAGGUUCGAAUUGUGACACCCCUCCUUCUCCUACUAGUUGAUAAAAUAUUGCAAAAAAAAAUUGAGUUGGCUUUCUUGACUCAACUGUAACAGUCUACGCUUAUCGCUUUGAGUAUUCACACCACGGCAGCCGGGACGAACGUCACUACUCUUCCCUAUAAAUACCACUCUUACACCUUCUGCCAAACAUCACCUAACUCAUUUCCAAUCUCUCAAUUUUCUAUACUCUUUGCUUUCUUAUUACUAAUUUCAUAUUCUUAAAUGGCGAAAUCACCCGAAACAGAGCACCCCGUCAAGGCCUUCGGAUUGGCUGCCGCAGACUCAUCUGGCCAUCUCUCUCCUUUCAAAUUUUCCAGAAGGGCCACUGGUGAUGAAGACGUGCAGCUGAAAGUGUUGUAUUGUGGGAUCUGCCACUCGGAUCUUCAUUACCUCAAGAACGAAUGGGGCAUCUCUCAGUAUCCUCUGGUUCCAGGGCAUGAGAUUGUGGGAGUGGUAACAGAGGUGGGAAAGAAGGUGAAGAAGGUGAAAGUUGGAGACAAAGUUGGUGUGGGAUGCAUGGUGGGCUCAUGUGGAUCAUGUGAGAGCUGCAAAGAGGAUCUUGAGAAUUACUGCCCCAAAAUCAUCCCCACUUACAGUGCCAAUUACCAUGAUGGAAGCAUCACAUAUGGUGGUUACUCUGAUAUCAUGGUUGCCGAAGAGCAUUUCAUCGUGCGUAUCCCCGACAACAUGCCCUUGGAUUCUGCUGCUCCUCUUCUAUGUGCAGGCAUCACCACCUACAGCCCCAUGAGAUACUUUGGACUAGACAAACCCGGCAUGCACAUCGGAGUUGUAGGUUUGGGCGGACUAGGCCACGUUGCCGUUAAAUUUGCCAAGGCUUUUGGUUCUAAGGUCACAGUCAUCAGCACCUCCCCUAACAAGAAGGAUGAAGCACUGUCAAAUUUGGGCGCAGAUUCAUUCUUGAUCAGUAAAGAUGCAGAUGAAAUGCAGGCUGCUAUGGGAACAAUGGAUGGUAUUAUUGAUACAGUAUCAGCUUAUCACCCUUUGAUGCCACUCAUUGGGCUAUUGAAAGCUCAUGGAAAGCUGGUGAUGCUUGGUGCCCCGGACAAGCCUCUUGAGCUACCAGUGUUUCCUCUACUUGCAGGGAGAAAGAUGAUAUCUGGGAGUGGGAUUGGAGGAAUGAAAGAGACGCAGGAAAUGAUUGAUUUCGCGGCCAAGCACAAUAUAAAGGCAGAUAUUGAAUUAAUUUCAGCAGAUUACGUUAACACUGCGCUAGAGCGUCUGGCUAAAGCAGAUGUGAAGUACCGCUUCGUGAUAGACGUAGCCAACACCUUCCAGCAAUCUUAAGCUGAGCUUUCUGAUGGAAGAGUGUGUUGUUCUUCUGUUGUCCAGUUUAUUUAAUUUUUUUAAAUAUUUUCGCUGUUGGUUUGUCUUAAGCUGUGGUUUUGGAUGGAAGAGUGUAAUAUGCUUUUGUUUUCAAUAAGUGAUGCACGUCACUUGUUAAAUAUCCACUUUAUUUACAUUUUACAAAUAUAAGCCGCCUUCAUAUUC